AUGAAUUUUAUUUUUUACUUCUGUUUAUUACAAAAUGUGUUAAAUACAAAAAUUAAGAGACCUUAAGUAUCUAUAUUCAAUGAGACUCUUACACCAAGUACUUACAUUUCAGAAUCUUAAGAAGUAAUUGAAAUUCAAUAUGGAAAGUAAUUUAACUAACUAAAAUUUAGUAUUCUAAACAUAUUUUCUAUAAAUUUACAUAAAAGAAUAAGUGGAGAAAUUAAUGACGUCAACAUUAAUUUAGUUGAAUUUGAGAAAAUUGAUCAUUAUAAUAAUGAAGAUUGCCAAAUAAUUCAAAGAAAUAUUGAUAUAAGAAUGUAAUUAAAACUUUGGCUUGACAAAACAGGUAUAAAAGAAGGAAAAUAUAUCAUGGAUAUUGCAAUAUCUGAAAAAUAUAGUUUAGCUUUUAUAGUUAGAAAUGAUUACAAAUUAUUUUCAGUAAAUUUUAAUUCAUCUGCAUAUGGAAUUUAUUUAAGAACAUUUGAUUAUUCUUUUGAAAAUACUUUGAAUAUUAAAGUGUAAAACUUAGAUGAGACUCCUUAUUUAAUUAUUGAUGAUCAAUCGAAUAAAGUCUUCAUCUUUACACAACAUUAAGGUGUUAGUUUUAAUAUAGAGCUUGAUACUCAUAAAGAAAUAUAAUUUAAUUUCGAAGAUUAGAUAUAAAAAAGAGAUAAAAUAUAUUCUGUUCAUUAUAACAAUAAAUAUCAUUUAGUUUUUGUAGCAGCAGGUUAUUAAGGAGUAGAUAUUUAUAAGAUAAUAAAUGGAUCUAUAAUUUUAUAAUAAAAUUUAAAUUCUUAACUUCGAAACUACAGGUAAAUAGUAGAUAUUAAAAGUGAUGGUGAAGAUGGUUUAUUUAUUCUAGAUAGAGAAUAAGGUUUAAAAUUUUAUUAAAUAAGAAAUGAAUUUGAAUAUGAAUAUUAAUUUUUAAUUAAUGUUCCUGAUUCUAAAAGUUUUGAUUUUAAUAACAAUACAUUUUUCAUUAUUGCUAAAACAAGUAAAAAGUAAGAUUAUGUUUUGGAGAUAUUUGUUAAUAAAUAAGAUACUUAAUAUUAUAUUAAUAAUCACUAUUUUGAUGAUAUGAUUAUAAAUGAUGUUAAUGUAUUAGAGUAAUAUGCUAUUUUAAUAGGAAAUAAUAAACAUAAAAUUGUUUAUCAUUCAAUUUAUUCAGGUAUAAUUUAAUAUUAUAUUAGGUUUCAUUGAAUAAAAGAUAGUUUCUCAUAAAUCCUUUUAUGAACCUUAAUUAAUUAAAACAAAGAAAUUUAAAUAAAAUAGAAUAGAUAAUCCUAAUUUAUAAAGUGUAGCUGUUAUUGGAAGAUAGGAAUUUUAAAUUAUAAAUUUUAUAGUGAACACUCCAAUUAUAAAAUGUAAUAUGAAUAAGUAAAUUAAGAAUUAAUUUCUUGCUGAGAUUAAUUCUACAAGAUGUAUUAAUGAUCAUAUUGAAACAAAUACUUAGAAAUAGUUAACAUUAUGUAAAAUUUAUCAUUCAUUUACAAUAUAGAAAUAAAAUGUAUGUAUCUAAAUUUUAACAUUAGUUAGUAUAGAAUUAAGUAAAGAAUGUUUUGAAUAUUGUAUUAUGUUGGUCAUUUGUUAUAGUUUUUUACUUAAGAUACUUUGCAAAGAGUAGAAAAUUUACUGGUUUAAAAAUUGAUCAAAGUAUUUAGUUGAAUAAUGGUUAUGAUUAAGAAAUGGUUGAAUAAAUUUAAUUAAUUACAUGA